AAUGAGAGUAGUUAUUGACUUUAGUGGUUACUAUUUUCAAAAACAAUUUACAAUAAAAGAAUUUUGUUUGGGCCGAUUAGAAAAUUUAAGAGUAAUAACUGAACCAAUAAUAAUUGCUAAAGAUCCGAGAUUUUCUGUUCCGUCGCAACCGUUCAGUAAUAGUUACAAAAAUUAUAUGGAAAAAUUUGGUAUUGAAAACACUAAUCAUUUAUACCCAUUGAAUCGAUUACGUCAAAAAAUAAAAGUCAUAAUUGCUCAAAAUGAUCUUAUUUACGUACGAAAUGGUCAGCAAUUAAGUAAAUUAAUGAGUUUUAUCAACGACAGUAGAUAUUAUUGUGACAAAAUAAAACUAUUAAGUGAUUUAGGUUUUGAUGAUAGCCAUGAAUUAACUGGAACAAAUUGUCCUCAUCAUAUUAAUAAAUCGAAUAAUUACUGCGCGGGUGAUAAUGCUAGAUUAAUGACUUAUUGGUUACGACAACGUAAAUGGGUUAAAAAAAAGGGAAAGAAAAAUAUGCAACUAGUAAUUAAUUUCAGUGGUUACGAUGGCUAUGAAAAUAAAUUUACAAUCAAAGAAUUAAGUAUUGUUGGGUUGAGUAAUGACGGUAGUAUAAUUUAUCAUAAACUAUAUGUUACUAAACCAGCGAAUGAUUCAAUUAAUAGUUUUAUAAAUGAAACUGUUAAAAAUAAAUACAAUGAUAGUUAUUAUGAUAAUUUCGGAAUUAAGUAUGAAGAUGGUAACUAUGAUUUAUUUCGUAUAAAUUUUAAAAUUAGUAAAAUAUUAAUGAAUUGUGAUAUUAAAAUAAUUUAUGUUAAAAAUUAUUAUUAUUACAAUCUAUUGAGUAAAAUUGUUGCAAACAUUAAACAAUUCGACGUUAUUUGUUUGGAAGAUUAUAAUUAUGUCGAUACAUAUGAUAUAAAUGCUAAUUGUGGGUAUCAUAAACAUGAAGAUAAUAAUAAAAAUAUAUGUGUCAAUAACAGCGCAGUUAAUAUGGUUAAUUGGAUAUUAAGGAAUGAGUUUUAUAAAUCUGAGGUUAGGAAUCGGAUUUCUGGAAUUACGUUAAACGAUGAUAUUAAUAUUGAUGAUGAAUUGGUUAAUCAAUUUAUAAUAGAAGAUAAUAAUGAAUUACCAUCAAUUAGUUUUGAUGAUUUGCAAUGGUUAUAAAACGAUUUUGAUGAUCUAUAAAAAAUUAAUCAUAAUAACUAGGAAUUAUUAAUU